UGUCAGGGUCAUGUAAAAUCCUCGACAUCACUAUGCUGUAUAAUCGGGAAGGAGUUCGGGCAAAUUUAUGGGGAAAGAAGACGUGGAUUUGGCGGAGUUUUGCUGGGCAAUGCAGGAUUAUACAAAGUUGUAUAA